GUUUUAAUCCAUUGAUCCUAUGACAGAGGUCCGGACGUUAAUUGUUCCCACCAGCCGGCGGACUCCCAUCCGUACGGUGUGGGCUGCCAUGGUUGAGGUUCUCACAAAGCAGCUCAAAUUAAUGGUGUGUCUGAGCACUCAAGGGAGGGCUUGGAAAAUUUUCAUGAAGCCUUCAUCUGAGACGAAGGAUCCUUUACAUCUCCAGAAAGGCUACGAUUUUGUCAGUGCAUUCCUGAGAGGUUUCAAGUACGAAGAUGCGUUGGCCGUUGUCCGUAUUGAUGGUAUUUACGUAGAGAGCUUCCACAUUAUGGACGUCAAACAGACUCUAAAGGGUGAUCAUAUGGCUAGGGCUGUCGGGCGUAUUUGCGGUGCCAAAGGUCGCAUUCGGAUGUGCGUGGAAAACGCCACUCGGACUCGGAUUGUCGUUGCCAACGAAACAAUCCAUAUUCUUGGGAGCAAUGAACGUAUCGCCGUUGCACGGCGUGCCAUUUGUGAUCUAAUUCUUGGUGCACCACCCAACAAGAUUUUUGGGAAAAUCCGGACUCAUGCAUCUCGAUUGGAUGCCUGCCUGUGAACAAGAUGUCAUCACCAACACCUUUGUACCAUCCACCUCCUCUUUCUACGGCACCUGCUUCUGCGUAUUCACAAACCCAACCUGAUUUCUCGUAUUUAAAAUGAACAGCCAUUGUUCAGGAUUGGCUUUGCUUGUUUUCUACAAGUGUUUUUCAUAAGAUCAACCAAUUGCUGCCUCACUACUUUUUUUCUUUAUCACUUUCGACAGCCAAUCAUGGCAACUUAACCGUUACUUCCAUACUGUGCCCAACUGGAAUCAUUGAGUUUCAGGAAUGACGUUUAAUGCACUACUGUCAGCAAUGUAGAGUGCGCUCAUACUAGUCUCUGCAACUACGCAACUACUUGAACAACUAACAAGUCGCAAGGCUACUGUUUUACACAAAUGGGAAUUGUGUGGUUUUGGAUGUUCCAACAUGCCGCUGAUGCCAAUCGUCUACCGUGUGAAAAUUUCCACAUUCACUUAUUUCAGCCUCGUUACGUGUGUUAUUAUUUCCGAUUUUUCAAUUGUCUGGUCUCCCGUCCCCAUGUGGUACUGUUGAAUGGCAAUUGGCACCACAAUGAUCUGGCCCUUGCGGUGGGUUGUGAUUCGUGUUAUUUUUUGACUCAGUUCCUCUGUAGCCUAAGUGAGCAUAUCACCAAUUCUAGCUUCCAUGCCUCCCGCCCCAGCACUUAUUGAAAACGAACACUGAUUAGAUUCAUCUAGAAUGUUUUUAAUGCAUUGAAAUGGAGUGUGUAUAACGUUGUAAGAUUUGUAUUUCAUCAUGGGCAAGUUUGCGUGUAU